AUGGCUGACCGGGCCUUUUCCAUCACCAAGAUGGCUAUCCAAGCCCUCUCCCUCACCAAGAUGGCUGCCAAAGCCCGCUCCUUCACCAAGGUGGGCUUCCCGGAUGCGUGCGUGAAGUCACCCAGCGGUCACGCUGAAGACAACGACUUCCCAACCACAGCCAAGAAUUUCAUCAGCUGGCAAACAUCAAUGAACUGUUCUGAAGAUUCCUUGCCUGGAGGUGAGUACCUGUUGGUUGUGUGUCGUGUGGAGCUGCAGUCUGAGUGUGUGAUGGAUAUUGAACAGUUGGUGCACACAGCCGAAAGCCUGGAGAACAUCAUGGUGCGAUGCUUCGGGCCUCAUGGACGUCAGGUGCUGUUUGUCAGAGCCACCGGAGAUAUCCUCAUCACCAAGGAUGGUUGCAGGAUAUUGAAGUCACUGCUACUGGAACACCCAGCUGCCAGGUUGGUGGUGCGGAGCGUGUCGGCUCAUUGCAGCCUCACCGGAGACGGAGCCAAGUCCUUCAUCCUGUUGCUGGCCGCCAUGCUGCGCGGAUCGCGAGCGGAGAUUGGAGGCGAGGUGCCCGCCUGCCCUGGGGCCCGACGACUCUGGCUAGCCAGAGGGCUGGCCCGACUGGAGCAGGAGGUGCUGGAAAUGGCACUGGGGAGGUACCUGGCCCCCCACUGUGCCUCGGCCCUCCGCCUCUCCGGCAGGCAGCUCCAGCUGCCGGGGGAACAGGCUGCCCGGGUCCUGGGGCCCUACUUCGAGGGCAAGGUCGGGUCAUCCCACGCCUCCUUCCUGACCCAGCUGGCCUGCGACUUCCUGCAGCGCCUGGGAGACGGGGAGACGGAGCCAGCGCUGAGCUUGGCGGCCGACUGCUUCCCUGGUCUGCAGAGUACAGUGCCCGGCUUGCCGGUGGGGAGCAGCAGGGUGCUGGAGGGGCUGCUGCUGAACCGCAGCUUCUCACUGAGCUGCGGUGAGGGUGAGACCAGGGUUCUGGUUGUCGCCGGCAGCCUGCUGCCCCCUCUGACCGAGGCCGGUUACACCCUGCGGCUGGAGACGCCUGCCGGAUUAGCGAGGGCCCGGGACUGGGCACAGACCAGGGCGGUGGAGGCCCUGGCUCACCUGCGGGCCCUGGGGGUCGGGCUCCUGCUAUCGGGGCCCCGGCAACCGGCCUGCGUUCUGGAGUUGGCCCGUCGGCACGGCAUCUCGGUGGUGGACUGCCUACCAGACGACGACCUGGCCCUGGUGAGGAGGUUGGCAGGGGCACAUCCGCUCUUCCGGGCUGUGGAAGCCCAGCUGGGCGACACCGUGCCUGCCAGUUUCUCCAGACCAGCCCCCCUCGGGCCCCCCGGGCAGGUCCUGGUGGGUUUCCCUGGUUGCCGCGGCUUGCAGCCCCACUGCCUGGUGGUAUGCGCUCCUGCCCUGGGACUGGCAGAGCAGCACCGAGACGCCAUCCACGGCGCCUUCAAACUACUGAGGUCCUCCUGCCCGGGCCUGGGGGAGAGAUGGGGAAUGAAGGACCAGGGCAAAGCUGAGGAUCAAACUGAGGACGUGAUGGACACCGGUGGAGAGGAUGAACAGCACUGCCAGUCAAUAGACCAGCCAGGCCAGCGAGUGCCCUGGGAGCUGGGCCACUAUGAAGUGCCAGCUGGUAGUGUUCUGGCGCCAGAUGGUGCCUUCGAGUUCCUGAUGCACCACUACCUCCGGUGUGAAGCCAGCAGCCAGCAGCAGCCGGACACGAGGGCGGCAUGCAGGAUCGUCGCAGACGCCUUGCUCAAUGUCCCCAGACACCUUCACCCACGGGCAGAGCGGGGCAGGGACUUUCUCCAGGCCCACGCACGUUUUGCAGCCAGUCUUCGGGAACAGGGGGUUCCGCCAGUGGUUGAGGGGCCCCUGGACGUGGUGGCUGCUAAACAGCGCCUGCUGAUUUCCGUGAUCCGGUGCCUGAGGAGCCUGCUUACCGUUAACCAAGUCAUCGCUGUCCGCAGCAAGCUCGGGAACAAACUGCAGGCGGAGAGUGAGGAGUCGGAGUAGACUGGAAUCUGGACCAGCACCAGAAGAACCUGUCAGCAGGGUAACUCAUCCCUGUCAGCUACUCAUCACCAUGAGAGCCCUGUCGCUGUUAGCUACUCAUCAAAGAGCAACCCAUCCAUCACCUUGAAAACCCUGUCACCAGGAGAGCUAUGUUGCCAGGGGUAACCAUCACCAUGACAGCCCUGUCACCUGGGCAACCUAUUUCUGGGAGAGCCACCUCAUGAGGAGAAAUCAUCACCAGAAGAGGCCAUCAACAUGAGAGCCUAUUGCAGGGAGCACCGUCACUGGAAGAGCCAAUCCCUGCGAGCGCCGUCACCAGGACAGCCCCAUCACUGAGGGAGCCCAGUCACUGGGACAGACCCAUCACCGAGGGAGCCCAGUCACUGGGACAGACCCAUCACCGAGGGAGCCCAGUCACCGGGAUAGCCACGCCUCUGGGACAGCCCCAUCACCGGGAGAGCCCAGUCAGCGGGAGAGCCCAGUCAGCGGGAGAGCAUAGUCACUGGGGGAGCCAGUAACUGGG